AUGGCCAACAUUUGGCCUCAUUUGGUCUGUGCAUUGGCAAUAUGUUUGGUAGCUACCAAUAUUGUUGUUGCUGAUUAUGACUAUAAGCCUUACACUUAUGCAUCACCAUCACCUUAUUACUAUAAAUCACCGUAUUCAUAUCAUUACAAGUCUCCUCCACCACCUUCUCCGCCUCCACCUCAUUACUAUUACAAGUUGCCGCCACCACCACGCAACUCGUCUCCACCUCCUUAUUACUAUAAAUCACCUCCACCUCCAAAAGCAUCUCCUCCACCCCAGUAUUACUACAAGUCACCACCUCCACCGUCUCCAUCACCAAGUCCUCCAUAUGUCUACAAAUCACCACCUCCACCUUCUCCUUCACCACCUCCGCCAUAUGUCUAUAAGUCACCGCCACCUCCAUCACCAUCACCUCCUCCUCCAUAUGUGUACAAAUCUCCUCCCCCACCAUCUCCAUCACCUCCACCUCCUUAUGUUUACAAGUCCCCACCUCCUGCAUCUCCCUCUCCUCCUCCACACCUUUACAAGUCGCCACCACCACCUUCUCCUUCAUCCCCUCCUCCAUACAUUUAUAAGUCACCCCCACCCCCAUCUCCAUCACCACCUCCUUCAUAUGUCCACAAAUCACCACCACCACCCUCGCCUUCACCUCCUCCUCCAUACAUUUAUAAGUCUCCUCCACUACCUUCUCCAUCACCUCCUCCUCCAUACAUUUACAAGUCAGCUCCUCCAUGUAACGCCCCGCUUGAGUUGUACAUGGAAAAAUGUUACACUCCACCAUCACCAUCACCUUCUCCUCCUUAUGUGUACAAACCCCCACCUCCUCCCUCUCCAUCCCCUCCACCUCCUUACUACUAUAAGUCUCCACCUCCACCAUCUCCCUCACCCCCUCCUCCCUACCAUUACAAAUCACCACCACCACCACCUUCUCCUUCACCUCCACCACCUUAUUACUACAACUCCCCGCCACCACCCAAAGUUUACUAA